AUGUCGUCCAAGGUCAAGGCUGGUCAGCUCUGGGGAAAGAGCAAGGAUGACCUCACCAAGCAGCUGGAGGAAUUGAAGACCGAGCUGAGCCAGCUCCGUGUCCAGAAGAUCGCUGGCGGUGCCUCCUCGAAGACCCACAGAAUCCACGACGUUCGCAAGUCGAUCGCUCGCGUUCUGACCGUCAUCAACGCCAACCAGCGCGCUCAGCUCCGCUUGUUCUACAAGAACAAGAAGUACACUCCUCUUGACCUCCGCCCCAAGCUCACCCGUGCUCUCCGCCGCCGUCUCACCAAGCACGAGGCUACCCUGAAGACCGAGCGCAAGCGCAAGCAGGAGAUCCACUUCCCCCAGCGGAAGUACGCUGUUAAGGCUUAA